UGAUGCCGAGAAGCGCAGUGUUUCGUGAAGAUCGCUCGCGCCAACAUGAAGCUGCUCGCGGUUCUCUUGGCCGCCUGUCUGGUCGCAGCGGCCAGCGGCCACGAGGCCGAGAACCCUUUAUUCGAAGCGGCCAAACAACUGCUGGAGAGUUCACUGGCCGGCAAGGACGGCGGCCAGGGUGCGGCCCUUCUGCAGGGUCUGGCCGGCGCCUUCACACAGUCUAAGGACGGCGGCCAGGGGGCGGCCGAUUUGCUCGGCGGCCUCGGAAGUCUUUUGGCCGCCACGCAGGGCGGUGCCGGCGGCGGCCAGGCCGACCUGCUGGCCUCCGUGGUCGACAUGUUCUCGCAGCAGGCGGCCGACAAUUCCGGCGGCCACCAGCAGCAGGACCAGGAGGGUGGUGGAUUCGACUGGGAAAACAUGAUUGGCGUGGCCAGCUCGUUCAUGGCCCAGCAGGGCGGGGGUGGCAGUCAGGGCGCGGAAGGGUUACUCACCUUGCUGCCACUCUUCAUGGGCGGUGGCGCCAGUCAAGGUGGACAGAGCAAUAUUGAAAAGAUCUGGUCAACCGUGGUGUCCGCGUGGGGCCACUUCCGGCAGUCGGAGGUGGCGCAGAGUUUGUGGCGCCAGAGUGGCCUUGAAAAGGUGACCACCCGCUUCUUGGACCCCGAGGGUCGCUUCGACGUGCACCGCGUGUUCGAGUCGCUGUCCAACCACCAGUUCCGUCGCACCUGGAUCCGCACAAUGACCGCCUUCCUGGCCGACUGGUUGUCGCACAUUGCCGACCCCAAGUCGCAGGCCAGGUACGCGUCCAUCGGCAGAGGACUCGUCGACGGCGCCAUGAGGUCUCACGGGCUGGCCCCGUUCGACCCGACGCGUCCCGGCCACUCGAUCGCCACUUUGUCGAACGCGUUGCUGCGGCGCCACGUGGGUUCGACGGCCGAUACGGCGCCGUACGUCAAGCCCGGCGUCGACUACCUGUGGGAACUGCUGCAGGUGGGUCGUUCGACCUCUGAAGGUCUGGGCCUGGCCAAGAUGCCGCCCAGACAGAUCGAGGCCCGCAUGGCCGAGGCCCUGAACGCCGAAAUCAUCGAGCCGGUGCUAAGAGUGUGGCGCGCCUAUCGUUUCGCGCACAAGAACUCCAAGUGCGGCCGCUAUGUGCUGUGCCAGGCGGCCAAGGAGGCCAGGGAAAUGCCUGGCGUUGGUCUCAAACCCGGAGUCACAAAGGUUGCCAGUCUGGUGGCCACUUGGUAUCUGGCUGACGAUGUGCACACGUCUUUCUGGAAACUUUACGCGGCGGCAAACGCCAGUUCCGACUGCAAUGACGUGUUCUACGAGGGCUGCGACGAGUUCUUGGUGGUCGACAAGAAGGCCACCUUGAAAAAGUAUGUCCACACGGAACUUUAAGCCUCUGGGUGUGACGCAAUGCGACUGUGAGAGACAAGAGCCAGAAGAGUGAAUCAAGUAAGAGCCAGGCUUCCCCCAUCCUUGACGUCAAGGGUGCUUUCCUCGAGGAAGGGCCAAGCCGACCCACAUAAUCUUAACUACUAACCGUCCAUAUCGAUUGCCCCGGGUUCGAUUCCCACAAAUUGAUUUCUCCAUUUGCAUCGAGUUCAAAAUAUGUCAUAAAUGUAGAGGUGUUCGGGACGCAAAAAGUAUAACAUUAGGAAGAUCUAACACUGGAUUAUUCAACUCGGCACAGUCGGGCGAAUAAUUCUCUUGUUACGUUUUCUGCUGGCGGGGCAAUUCCUGAGCAAAUGUAUUUUGUGAGAGCACUGUUAAUAAAUUUAAUUGUUUUUAUAUACAUUAAAACUUGAAA